UUGCAAUUAUCAGAAGAUGAAUUGGUGCAAGAGCUAACUCGCAUAGGUGGUAUUCCAGAAGAUCUUUACGAAGAUCUUGUUCAGCGAGUCAUUUAUGAUUUGAAAGCAGUGCUGAUUGAGCGUGUUGAAAAUCUUCUUCAUACAGCACGCACAAAUACUUCUCAAAACUUUAAGCAUGCUCAUAUUCAGAUGCAGGAAAAAAUACGGAAUCUAUACGAUAGUAUAUGUGUUUUUGAAGAAGGAACAUCAUGUUUUGAUGAUGCUGUUAGUGCAAAUCUUAAAUCAUAUUUGUUGCGAACCUUGUGUACAGAUGUUGCUUACACUAUAUUAUCUGCCAUGACGGGCUCGAAUCUGUCAAAUACUACUAGUCCAAAAAUUCGAGAUGAAUGUAUAGCGAAUAUCAAUAGUAUAGAUGGGCGCAGAUCUUUUACAAAGUUAUUUUUAUCGCUAACAGGCUCGGAUUUGAAUAAUUUUCACAGUGCUCUUUUAGAAGUUUCUGCUAUGAACAUUUGCUCGAUCAAUUUGAAAUUGCCCGAUAAAAAAAAGCGAGUAGAACUUGUUGAAACAUAUGCGUCAGAAUUGGAGCGACAGUUGAUGUCCUGCGAGGAUGCCGCUUCCGGAUUACUUGUCGCAUUAUUACUUCUUAUUGCAAGGAAUUGUAAUUUAGCUGUCCAUGCUUCUGGAAAAUUUGUGUCUCAUCUCAUUGCGAAGGUAGAGAUGUUUCAAAAUGUCAGCGCUAAUCUCUUCGAAUGUCUUAUAAAAACCCAGAAGUAUGUUAUUUUGUCACUGAGGCAAAAGAAUGAUGAAUUGGCACCACUGAUGGCUGAAAAUUUAAAAAAUUUGAAGGAUUUUAUUCUAAAAAAAUAG